UUCUUGAUGAAAGCACAUUGUAACAGCAUGGUGGUCUGAACUUUAUUUCAGGCUCGUGGUCCCAAGAAGCACCUUAAGCGCGUAGCAGCUCCAAAGCAUUGGAUGCUGGAUAAAUUGACCGGAGUUUUUGCCCCUCGCCCAUCCACCGGUCCCCACAAGCUGAGGGAAUGUCUCCCUCUCAUCAUUUUCCUAAGGAACAGGCUUAAGUAUGCACUGACAGGGGAUGAAGUUAAGAAAAUUUGCAUGCAGCGGUUUAUUAAGAUUGAUGGGAAGGUCCGAACUGAUAUAACUUAUCCUGCUGGUUUCAUGGAUGUCAUCAGCAUUGACAAGACGGGAGAGAAUUUCCGUCUGAUCUAUGAUACCAAGGGUCGCUUUGCUGUGCAUCGUAUUACUCCUGAGGAAGCCAAGUACAAACUGUGCAAAGUGAGGAAGAUCUUCGUGGGCACAAAAGGAAUCCCUCAUCUGGUGACUCAUGAUGCUCGUACGAUUCGCUAUCCUGAUCCCCUAAUCAAGGUGAAUGAUACCAUUCAGAUUGAUCUGGAAACUGGCAAGAUUACCGAUUUCAUCAAGUUUGACACUGGUAAUCUGUGCAUGGUGACUGGGGGUGCCAACCUUGGGAGAAUUGGUGUAAUCACCAACAGAGAGAGACAUCCUGGCUCUUUUGAUGUGGUGCAUGUCAAAGAUGCCAAUGGCAACAGCUUUGCCACUCGGCUCUCCAACAUUUUUGUUAUUGGAAAAGGAAAUAAACCAUGGAUUUCUCUUCCCCGAGGGAAGGGAAUCCGCCUCACCAUUGCAGAAGAGAGAGACAAGAGACUGGCUGCCAAGCAGAGCAGUGGAUGAAAAAAUCUCUAGAUGAAAUGUUUUUUUAAAAAUAAGCCUCUGUGCAGGGCUUAAUUAAACACAUGGUGUGAUGAAUUGGCA